AUGAGCAGUCAACAGCCAUUGGAUUUGUUGGAGUUUCAAGACACUCAAGGAUCGCAGUAUGACUACGAUGACUAUGUUGUAGCCAGUCAACUGAGUUUACCACCAACCACCACUUCUAACAUCAAUGGACAGAUGACAUCAACUGGAAUGGAUUCUUUGCAUGAUAUUUCACAAGACUAUCCGCUGUCUUUGAGUUCUCAGUCAAACCAUCACGGUCUUGUUCAUCCGCACUCUCAUGGUCAUGCAAAACAUCCAAACGGAACCAACAUCGAUACUGAAAUUUCUCUUGGUUUUUACGAUCCUGAUUUUGACCUGGCUGAUGACUCCGUAUUGGAGUUUAAUCAUCCCGAACAGGAUCAAGAUCAGUCUGAAACUGCUGCUGAGCUUCCAUCUCAUGCUUGCAGUUAUUGUGGAAUUCACAAUGUAUCAACAGUGGUCAGAUGCUUAACUUGCUCAAAAUGGUUUUGUAAUGCUCGUGGCCAAUCCAAUGGCUCGCAUAUCAUCAAUCAUCUUGUUCGUGCUCGUCAUAAGGAAGUGUCGUUGCAUUCGGAAUCUGCGCUGGGCGAUACUAUUUUGGAAUGCUACAACUGUGGAUGUAGAAACAUUUUUUUGCUUGGUUUUAUUCCUGCUAAAUCUGAUACUGUUGUUGUGCUUCUUUGUCGACAACCGUGUGCCAGCACACCUAGUAACAAGGAUGCUAAUUGGGAUUUGGCUCAAUGGAUGCCAUUGAUUGAAGAUCGCUCGCUUCUAUCGUGGAUUGUCAAAGUACCCUCUGAACAGGAACAGGUCCGUGCUCGUCAUAUUACUGGACAGCAAAUGGUCAAACUAGAAGAUGUGUGGAAAUACAAUGCUUUGGCUACUGUUGCAGAUUUAGAUAGACCUGGUGUCGAUGAUGAUCCACUUAGUGUUCUUCUCAAAUACGAUGAUGCAUACCAGUACCAAAACAUCUUUGGUCCAUUGGUCAAGAUGGAGGCUGAUGAUGAUCGUCGCAUGAAAGAGUCGCAAACACAAGAAGAUGUUGUAGUUAGAUGGGAUAUGGGUUUAAACAUGAAACGAAUAGCUAAUUUUCCACUACCAAAACUUGAACUUGGCGAUAUUCGAUUGGCUGUGGGUGAUGAGCUGCUACUCAAAUACCAUGGUGAACUCCAUGCAAAAUGGGAAGGUGCUGGUCAUGUAAUCAAGAUUCCCAACAAUAUAUCUGAUGAAGUCAGUAUGGAAUUGAAGCAUGAUGACCGUGCUCCUGUUGAAUGCACUCAUAAUUUUACCGUUGAUUUUGUAUGGAAAUCGACAUCAUUUGAUCGCAUGCAAAAUGCCAUGAAGACAUUUGCUCUUGAUGAAAACUCUGUUAGUGCGUAUAUAUAUCAUCGCCUUCUUGGUCAUGAUGUCGAUCCACAAGUCUUGAAGGUUACAUUGCCAAAACGUAUCAACGCACCCAAUCUUCCAGAGCUGAAUCAUUCUCAAGCUACUGCUGUCAAAUCUGUCCUUUCGAAACCUCUCAGUCUUAUUCAAGGUCCACCGGGAACAGGAAAGACGGUGACAUCUGCCACGAUCGUAUAUCACUUGGCAAACAUGAACAAGGGCCAAGUUCUUGUUUGCGCACCUAGCAAUGUUGCUGUUGAUCAUCUUACAUCCAAAAUCCACAAAACUGGCCUCAAAGUAGUGCGUGUCACGGCUAAAUCUCGAGAGGCACUUGAAUCCUCCGUUUCGUUUCUAUCUCUCAGUGAACAGGUCAAAAACCUUGAUACCGAUCGACAACUUCAAAAGCUUAUUCGUUUAAAAAACGAAUUGGGUGAAUUGAGCUCUCAAGACGAAAAAAAAUACAAAUACUUGUUCCGUAAGGCCGAGAGAGAGAUUCUUGAGCAUGCCGAUGUGAUCUGCACUACAUGCAUGGGUGCAGGCGAUUCAAGACUUUCAAAAUUUUCAUUUAGGAGCGUAUUGGUUGACGAGGCUACUCAAGCAUGCGAACCUGAAUGUCUGAUUCCUCUUGUACUGGGCUCAAAACAAGUUGUACUUGUGGGUGAUCAUCAACAGCUUGGUCCGGUUGUUCAACACAAAAAAGCGUCCAAGGCUGGUUUAUCUCAGUCAUUGUUUGAGCGACUGAUUAUCCUUGGACUGAGACCCAUUCGCUUGCAAGUGCAGUAUCGUAUGCAUCCUUGCUUGUCUGAAUUCCCAUCGAAUAUGUUCUAUGAAGGAUCGUUGCAAAAUGGAGUUACUGUCCAGGAACGUAUCCGACCUGAAAUUGAUUUUCCCUGGCCAGUCCAUGAAACGCCCAUGAUUUUCUAUGGUUCGUUUGGACAAGAGGAGAUUGCAGCGUCAGGUAAAUCAUAUCUAAAUCGUACCGAGGCUGCCUAUGUAGAGAAGGUUGUAACCAAGUUUUUAAAGGCGGGUGUAACUCCUGCUCAGAUUGGUAUUGUGACCCCGUAUGAGGGUCAACGUGCAUAUGUUGUUCAACACAUGCAAUUCAAUGGCUCGCUUAAAAAGGAACUUUACAAAGAGAUUGAAGUUGCAAGUGUUGAUUCCUUUCAAGGUCGAGAAAAAGAUUACAUCAUUGUGACUUGUGUACGAUCUAACGAGAACCAAGGUAUUGGGUUUCUAGUAGAUCCACGUCGUUUGAAUGUAGCUCUCACCCGAGCCAAAUAUGGGCUCGUGAUUGUGGGCAACCCAAAGGUUCUUGCCAAGCAUCCGUUGUGGUAUCAGCUGCUGAUGACAUUUAGAGAGCAUUCAUGUUUGGUAGAAGGUCAUUUGCACAACUUGAAACCUUUGAUGACGCAAUUUCAAAAACCUCGCCGUGGGUAUUCCAAUGCAGAUAAACAGCGCAAGUAUAGUCAAGACACAUCGCAGUCUCCAUAUGCUUUGGGUACUACAUACACGCGAAGCAGCCUCUCGGCUGGCAAUGGUAAUUUAGUAUCUAAUGGAAAUACAUCAAACUCGACAUCCAAAUUCUCCAGUGCGCAUCACGAUCCCAAUGCGUUUAUUGAUCCGUCGCGGAUGUUAUCGCAAUCUCAACCAAUGAUGCCUUUGAUCCCCUCACAGCAACGAAGUCAGUUGACCCAGGAUAUGGGACCCAUGACACCAGCUACAAUGCUAUCUUCGGCAUCGCAGUCCAUGUCAGAGUUGUUUAUUUCACAUGGUGCUGGGCUGGUUGGGUCAUUGCUUUCACAAACUGAAUCGUCCACCACAAAUGGGUUUCUACAAGAUGCAUCUGCUUCGAAUAGUCAGCGCUAUGGCGGUGGAUCUACACUGUCUCAGUAUGAUCGUCUUCACUUUGAAGAUACUGACGAUGACUACAAGACUCAGUCUGAUGUAUACCUUAGCCAGUACGAAAGUGGCUUAAAGAGUCAAGGGUUUACACAAUAUUGAUCUAAACUGGUUCUAAUCAAUCGUGCUAGAGUAUUACACGUCUUUUGAAUUUACCUGCUAUUUAAUCUUGGCAUAUUAUAUGAUGAUCCUGCUUGGAACUUCAAUCUACAUGUAAUAGCAUCAGAUCUGAUCAUGGGUAAAAAGGCUAAACUAUACACUUGCAUUUGGUUUGCAUGCUAGUAAAGUCACGACGUACUUUUUUGCAUUGUGUUACGAUGAUAUAUCAGUAGUAUAUAUAAAGGGCUUGAAUCAUGCCGUUUUUAUAAG